AUGUGGCAGAAGAUACAGUCUCACCAACUAGAGCUCGGACCAUGAAGGACUAUGAAAAUCAAAUCACUGAUCUGAAAAAAGAGAACUUCAACCUGAAGCUCCGUAUAUACUUUCUGGAGGAGCGAAUGCAGCAGAAGUUUGAUGGUCCCACUGAAGAAAUAUACAAAAUCAACAUUGAGCUGAAAGUUGAGAUAGAAAGUCUGAAGCGUGAUCUGCAGGAGAGAGAGAAACUGCUCAUCAAAGCCUCGAAGGCAGUGGAAAGCUUGGCCCAGGGUGGUAAUGCUGAAAUACAGCGCGUGAAAGAAGAGGCACAAAAGAAGAUACAAGAAACAGAAGAAAUCCUGACUGGCAGAAUAAACUUUCUGGAAGAGAAUCUUAAAGCUGCCCAAGAAGAAGUGGAGAAAGCCAUUGCAAUGUCAGAGAAGGAGAAAUCUCUGAGAAUAGCUGCCGAGCAGAAGCUUUCUUCAGUUAUGAAUGCCCCUGCAAAAGAUGUGGAUAUGGUUACAGGAGCUGAGAAAGACAGACUUAUAGAGCAACUGAAUCUGUCAUUGAAAAGUAAAGAAGCAAUAAUUCAACACCUUGAAGAGGAAAAGUCUCAGAGUGGAUCUUAUGAUGGGAACUUAUCUGCAGAAAAAAUCAGAGAACUUACCAUUGCUUUGAGGCAUGAAAAAGAUAGUGAGAUAGAGGCUGUUAGAAUGGAGCUUAAAAACGAGAGAAAUUCCUUUGAAAAAAAGAUUCAGUCACUUCAAGAAGAGCUACAGGAGAGAGAAAAUGAGCUUGCUGUUGAAAAGAAGAAUGGUUUGAAAAGGGAUAAAACCAUUCAAGGGCUAACUGUUGCACUAAAAGCCAAGGAGAAAGAGAAUGAGGAGCUUGGUUCUGAAAUUGAAGAUCUAAAUGCUUCAUUGGCAAAGGCAAGAGAGGCAACUCACAAAGCACACAUCCAAAAAUUCAAGGGUGCUGAGGAUUAUCAAGCUCUCUUGAUGGAGAAAGAGACCCUCUUAGCAGAGCUGCGUUCAGAAAACCUUACAAAGGAUGCUGAGAAUCGGAAACUACAAAGGAGGAUUAAAAGGACCGAUCAAGAGCUGAAUGAUUUGAAUUUAGAAAGAGAGAAAAUGGAGAAGGAGCUGGAUGAAGCACAACUACAGAAGAGCAGAA